AUGAGGGUGAAGCGGGAUGCCGACUACGACGAGUUGGACGAGCGUCCGAGACGGAAAUACCAGAGAGACGCCAGCGGCCUGCGGGUAUCGGUUGCUGCGGACCAGACCGAGGUGGGCGGCCCCGAAGAGCCCUCUAGCGAGAGCGUCUUUCGUCUGGCAUGGUUGUUCGUCGAGGGGUGGCGGCGCAAGCUUCAGAAGGCCGGGGACACGGUUGAGAGGAGUCGAUGGGAAUGGGAGCUUGGCGGUGCAUCCGCCGUGUCUAUGCACUCUAAUGCAUCGAGCUUGACGUUGGGUGAGAUUCUUGCCGACGCCCGCAAGCGCGCACAUGGGGGACAGGGCAACCACAGCAACUACUACCACUACUCUAGCAUGAAGAAGCAGAAGACGAGGAAGAGGCAAAGAAAGUCGGUGCAUUGGGCGUAG